AUGCGGGCUUCCAAGGCACCCGCUGCCUUGCUACUGUUGCUCCUUGCACUAGUGGAACUGCAUGCAAACAGGAGCAAUGACGAAGUGAAGGAAAAAUCCUCGCCGAGGAUAAUGAACGUGUGUGACAUACGAGAUAGAAACUCAAAACUUCACUGCUACUGUGAGUUGAAUCAAGAAAUCAACAGAGCAGUGAAGACAGAAUGUUGGGUGUUUAAUGGAGGUAUAGAAAAAGCUGACCCAAUAUGGACAAGCUUCAGUACACAGACCAACAUAGAAACGUUGGCCUUCAACGUGAGAGCUGACGGUGCACUAAAAUUUGUACCAACAAAGCUGCUUAGAUAUCUACAGAAACUAAAAAAAAUUAGCAUAAAGUUUAGCUCUAUAACAGAAGUAGAAGAAAAUACAUUUGUUAAUUUGACCUCAAUAGAAGAAAUAACAAUGAUUAAAAAUCAAAUCGAACAUCUUAACAAGCAUUCCUUUAACAAUUUACCGAAUCUGGUUGUUCUCAUUUUAGAUGAAAACAAUAUAAAAGAAAUAGUAACUGAUACAUUUUUUAAAUUGACCAACUUACAAAAGUUAUAUUUCACAAGCAAUAAUGUGAGCGUAAUACAAGAUGGAGCAUUCAGACAUCUUGUGAACUUAUUAGAACUGGAAUUGGAUAAAAACAAUAUAAGUGAACUCAGAAAAGAAUGCUUCGAAGGACUCGCCAAAUUAAAGCGACUUGACUUAAGUCACAACAAAAUAUCUCUUCUUAACUCCUUUGUAUUCACCGAGUUGUGGAAUCUAGAAUCCUUGUUAUUAGAUUACAAUGAAAUAAGUAUUGUAGCUCAGAGAAGUUUUGACGGAUUAUCGCAGUUAAAAAAGUUGAAUUUGAAUCACAACAACCUUAUCAUUUUAGCAGGUGGACUAUUCGCAGGUGUAAGAGGAUUACUCGGAUUAGACUUAAGAUUUAAUAAGCUGAAGAGAUUUACAUCUGAUGAUGUGAAACCGAUUUACGACAACUUGUUGAAAGAAAAUAGUUACAUUUAUCUUGAAGGCAACGAACUACCUUGCGAUUGCCACUUGGCGUGGAUGCAUAAACUCCGACACGAAACGAGAAGUACCAAAACAAGAACAUCGUUGGAAAAUUUCGCCUGCAAAUUAAGCACCGAUCUAGUUUUGAACUCGCAACUUGCUCUGUUUGAGAAGAGUGUUAUAAGUGCGAAUAAUAAUUACAAUGUAGAUAAUAAGAAUUUAGAAAACCUUGACGAUAAUACUGAUGAUAUCUUUCAAGAUGAAAUCGACGAAAAUAACUUACAAGAGAUAGAAAUUGUUAAGAAAGAGAAUGAAGGGACGCUGCUUCAGAUACCGAUUGAUCUGCUACCGUGCCCUCAAGAUGUUAAAGUGACAGAUAGAACGUACACAUACCCGUCGCAAAACGAAGCAAAAGAUUACAGAAACUUAAUACAUUCGUCACCAGGUUCUUUCCUAUAUGCAAACUGA